CGGCGUAGUUCCGCUGAAAUUAACAACAACGGAGUACACGUGCGUUCAGAGCGCUAUCAGUGUUGAAAUGCCAAAGGCACAGAAAAGAAAGGCUCCGGAGAAGGUCGUCCAUCCGUACAGUCGGAAAGCGGCCUACCUCGCCCGAGAGGAGAUCCGACUGGGGAAAAAAGCCAGGCAAAAGAAUGAGAAAGCUUCACGUCUUAACAUCAUUGGUGAGAAGCUGUUAUGGUUCCAGGGGCAGUUGGAUCCAACAAAGACAGCAUACACUCAAAAAGAUGCAUGUGACAUCAUUGAAAGGUACCUUAAAAGAUUUGAUUGUGAGCUGGAGCAAAUUGAGUUGGUGAAUGGAAUCAAGGGUCGGCAAGGUCGUCUCCAUGCUGCGAGAGAGACUGUCAUACAACAGACCAUAGAGCGAGAGCGGGCACAGUAUGAAGGCAGUGGGAUUGAGAUCCCAGAUAUCAUCAAUUCAAAGAAUCUCAAGACGUUCAGAGAAUGGACCGGCGAUCUGAAGAAGCUUCCCAAUAUUAAAAUGCGAAAGGUGUCACACAAAAAGGGAUUGGACACAAAGACAGAAGUUGAAGAUAAAAAUGAGUCAGCAGAGGACGACGACCAAGAGGCAGACGCGGCACUGACAUCAGACUCCAGUUGAAACCAAUGGCCUGAUGCUAAAGCAUGGGGUCAGCCAUCCCACUUGGGGACAAAGUAAAACCAGCAGCCUGUAGAACUGUUUCAUAUGUGGAACUGAACGACAAUGGACCGCUCCAAGAGCUGUUUUUAUCGACCCCCCCCCCCCAAAAAACCACAGCGUGUCCAUGGCAUGCUUCCCAGCAGGUGUAGCGAUUCGUUGGAAAGAUGAAUUCUCUUCGGGGCUUUGGUCGGCACAUGGUUUGCUUUUGUGAGCCGACUGCUGCUCGUCCAACACCGUCCCGAUGUUGGCAACACGACACAAACUUCAGGGACAACUGUAAAUAAAACAGUCUGGUUCCCCGAUUGUCUCAUGCCUUAUCGCACAAUAACUUGACACAAGUAUACGGAGGGGGUCUACAUCCAGCAUUUAUUACAUUGUGUCAUGUGACGUACUAGUUUCAGUCACAAAAAGGAAUAGAAAAAUGAUAAUGAAUAACAUUGAAACCUCAAUAAAACAACAUUUUUUGAAGUGAUAAAUUGGUAAAAUGCAACCAAAUUAAAGACAUAGAAAAGAGGACAAGUGUAAACAACUGUCUCCA